CACCAUAGCAACCGAGCCAGGAAGAGGGAACCUUGUUUUUUUUUUCUUAUUCGAUUUUGGGUGUAUAAUCGAUAGUGUUCAGAAGAUGGCGACUCUUUUUUAUGAAGACGGGAGCGUCACUUUGACUUAAAAAAAUAAAUAAAAAUGCAAGCCACAAAAGUGAUCAAGUCGAAGCGGGUGGAGGUCACGAGGAAGUCCCUCGAGGGGCCCAAGCCGGUGACGGUGCGGCCGGUUAACGGGAGCGAGCUCAAAGUUCCAGCUGCGCAUAAAAGCCGCGCGACGAGCUGCGCGAGGCGUCCGCAGCCCGAGGGGACCGCCGGAGCCCUCAAACCGAGCUGCUCCUAAAGGAGGUCCAGGUCCGGCUCCGCCGCCCCGAAGACGACCACGAACCCGGACUACUCGAGGGCGACCAGCAGCUCGCUGAAGCACGCGGCCGUGACCCCAAGAGGCCGGGAGAUGAGCACCUGUCCGGGUCAGAAGGGGGAGCAGCAGCAGGGGGUCAGGGCCGUCACGAGACGUGCAAGCGAGAGCCACAAAGCUUUCACAGUCAUCCCCCCCAACCCCAAGAAACGAAGAGAGAUUCAGAGAAAGGCGGAGGCGGAGCUCGCCGCUUUAGAGGAGCUUCGGCUGAGCAGAGCGAUGACUUAUGUCUCCAUUAACCCCAGCAGUGUUGGUGGCUGUUUGAGUCUGGAGGAAGUGCGCUUGAAGCAGCAGCAGGAAAUGAUGCGAGCCAAGAGGAAUCAGAAACCGGUGAGGAAGCAGCUGGUGGAGCAAACAGCUGUCCUGAAAUGCUGAGUCGGCUCUCCUCCCCUCUCUCAUGGCAGCUCCACUCAAAGCCACCUGGUUUAUAAAUGGAUUAACAUCACAUCCGAAUGUCAAUAAAAACAUGAACACAUAAUUCAUAUACAAAGAGUGGCAUACAGAAAAAUAUACGUUUUCAUUACAGUUGUUUAGGGGGUUUUGUAUAAUGUAUUUUGUAUAUAAAAUGUAUGUAUAUGUUAAAGAUUAAAAAUAAAUUAUUUUCUCUUUUACCACUUUUAGUAACAGGGAUUCUUCAUCAAGUGUUUAAUCUUUGUAUUAAUUCAUGCUCGUAGUCUGAUAUCAAAUCUGGUUUGAGUCUCAGCUGUUGAUGAGGCUCAUGGGAAAUGUAGUUUUUACAUUAAAUACACCAAACUUGAUUUGUCAGGAACUAAUUUGCAGUAUUUCUGACUUUUUGCUCACAUAAAAGUAGCAAAGACACAAUUUGAAGAUCUUCCCUGUUGCAAGUGAAAGUCCAGCAUACUGAAUUAUACUAAUUAUACAAAAGUAAAAGUACUCACUAUGCAACGUGUCAUUUUAAUAUUGCAGCCGGCUGCAGUAAAUAUAUUUGUACUCAUUUUAUAAAUAUUUUCAUUUACUUUGUAAUCUAUUUAAAUUAUUUUAUUAAAUUAAAUUGAAUGUUUUAUUUUCAUUAUUUAUUUUUUACUUUUUCUCCUGUUAUAUUUAUUAAUUUUCUACUUCCAUUAUAUCUCAAUUUACUCUUUCUGUUAGUAUCGAGGUAUUCUAUAGAUAUUUUUCUCUGUAUUGUUUAGUCUAUCAUUUCUGUAUUUAUUUAUUUCUGUAUUUGUAUUUUUCUAUAACUUUAAAUAUUUCUCCUCUGAAUCAGCUGUGGAUGGAUGUGUUCAAUAAAAACAACCUACUACUUCAGAAUUGUACUUAAAUACAGUAGUUGAGUAAAUGUACUUAGUUCCAAUCCACGUCUAAAUGUUUAGUAGUGUUGUCUCGUUAUUUUCAUACAAA